GCAACAUGCAUUUACAACAGGUACUUCUAGUUAGGCCAAGUUCAGUCACAGCCACUGAUUUGGACUAAAAUGAUAUGGGCAGCAGCCAAGGAGAACAUCAUCAAAGACUUCUCUAGACUCAAGAGCCUUCCACGUUCUACAUCUUGAGCAUCUUCUACCACUCUGAAUUGGACUAGUCUUCAAAGUAAAAGACAAUGGCAUUUUAUCCCUUGCAAAUUGCUGGGCUGGUUCUUGGGUUCCUUGGCAUGGUGGGGACUCUUGCCACAACGCUUCUGCCUCAGUGGAGACUAUCCGCUUUUGUUGGCAGCAACAUUAUUGUCUUUGAGAGGCUCUGGGAAGGGCUCUGGAUGAACUGCAUCCGACAAGCCAGGGUCCGGUUGCAAUGCAAGUUCUAUAGUUCAUUGUUGGCUCUUCCGCCUGUCCUGGAAACAGCCCGGGCACUUAUGUGUGUGGCUGUUGCUCUUUCCUUGAUCGCCCUACUUAUUGGCAUCUGUGGCAUGAAGCAGGUCCAGUGCACAGGCUCUAAUGAGAGGGCCAAAGCAUACCUUCUGGGAACUUCAGGAGUCCUCUUCAUCCUGACGGGCAUCUUCGUUCUGAUUCCAGUGAGCUGGACAGCCAAUAUAAUCAUCAGAGAUUUCUACAACCCAGCUGUCCACAUAGGUCAGAAACGAGAGCUGGGAGUAGCACUUUUCCUUGGCUGGGCAAGCGCUGCUGUCCUCUUCAUUGGAGGGGGUCUGCUUUGUGGAUUUUGCUGCUGCAACAGAAAGAAGCAAAGGUACAGAUAUCCAGUGCCUGGCCACUGUGUGCCACACACAGAUAAGCGAAGAAACGUGACAAUGCCUAGUAAUACCUCCACCAGUUAUGUCUAAUGCCUGCUUUUGGCUCCAAGUGUGGACUAUGGUCAAUGUUUGUUAUAAAGUCCUGCUAGAAACUAUACAACUGAAAAUCAUCCUGAAAUGGGGGCUUCUCAGCAGAAUCCAAGG